AUGGGAAAAGAGGCAAUAAGACUCUGGUACGACUCGGAGGCAGAUUUCCUUGAAGUCGUGUUUGAAAAAGGCAAGGGCGUUGCGUAUGACACCGAAGACGAGCGCGUCGAGAUCCGCCUUGACGCAGACGGGAACGUGCUCAGCUUUCAUGUGCUUGGUCUCAAGUCCAUUUCCGGCUCUCCUCUGAACAUUGAACUUAUUCCCAAAGAGACCAAGCAGCCUGUCCACCCCUCAUAAAUCGUCCUAGACUCCGAACCUGUCUCCCACCUUCAAGCCGACAGCUUCGAUCCACUCUGUCGCGUUGACUUUG